AAAACCAGAAAUCUGUUUAGAUGAGAGGGUGUUCUGCGGUUAUAAAAGGUGCAGGUGCAGGUGCAGGUGCAGGUGCAACGGCCAUGGCAAUGGCAAUGUGUCUUUGUCCGGUUCCAAGUAUGAGUAGAAGUAGAAGCAUUGUUGACGUUAAGCUUAAAAACAAGCCUGUCAGCGUUUUCCAAUUAAACCAGAAACAAGUCUGCUCAGCUUCUCUUAGCCCUCCAAAUUCAAAACGAUUCCUCCUCCUCAAUCACCACAAUUAUGGCGACUCAGACGCUGAGACUGAAUUUGUGGUCGUCAAUUUCUACCGUUUUGUGUUCAUUAAAGACCCAGCCGCCGAGGUCGCCAGGCACCUAUCCUUCUUAAAGGAUCUAGACAUACAUGGCCGAGUAUAUCUGAAUGAACAAGGCAUAAAUGCACAGUACAGUGGACCGUCAAAAGAUGCUCUUUUGUAUGUUGAAUGGUUAAGAGAAGAUGAUCGAUUUUCUGAUAUGUUGGUUCAGAUUUCUCAAGCAAUAAAUGGGCAUGCCUUUCCAAAACUGAAGUUGCGGUAUAAGCCUUCACUAGUGCAGCUGGAAGGAGGCAUUUCACAUCUUCCUUUGCUUGACCCUUCAAUUCGAGCAACACCUCUUGCACCUUCAGAAUGGAGAAAAAGACUGGAAGCAGUGAAUGAAAUCAAUGAGGCUUCAAAUGAGAAUAUUAAUACAGAGCAUAUUCUGUUGGAUGUGAGAAACGAUUAUGAAUGGGAUAUUGGUCAUUUCCGAGGGGCUCGACGGCCUUAUGUAGAUUGCUUUAGAAGCACUUCAUUUGGACUAUCUGAGACAGAGGACAUUGCUUCAGAUCCUUUAGCAAAUGUUGACAAAGAAAAGACAGAUAUAUUGAUGUAUUGUACUGGAGGUAUUCGUUGUGAUGUGUAUUCUACAAUCUUAAGACAACGAGGCUUCCAAAAUCUGUACACUCUGAAGGGUGGUGUUUCCCAUUAUCUAAAGAACGAAGGUCCUGCAGAAUGGGUUGGGAAUUUGUUUGUGUUCGAUUCCCGUCUUUCUCUCCCACCUUCUGCCUACAAGCCUAAAUCCAUGGAUAAAGUAAGCAUGGGUGAACUAGAUUCUAAGAAUAAUCCAUUUGCAAGAUGCUACAUAUGUGGUUCUGAAGUCUCUGAGUUAAGGCAUCGGAACUGUGCAAAUCUUGACUGCAACCUUCUUUUUCUGUGCUGUAAAGACUGUGUGAAGGACUUCAGAGGAUGUUGCUGUGUAAAUUGUAUUACUGCCCCUCGACUUAGACCUGUUCUAUCUGAGCAUCAAAGAUACAAAAAAUGGCACAUAUAUCGAGACUUGGAAUGCAAAGCAAGUUGACUGCUAGAUCAGAUGUUUGUUUUUCUUCAGUUUGGAAAUGGAUAAAUAUUGUAAUAGCUGAAGGUGCAGCUAUUACUGAAGAUUUGGAAGUUCAUUUUGGCAAGCGGAUUGUGGCUUUUGCAUUAAAAGAUUGUAGGGGAGGAGCUUUAGAACUUGCCAAUCAUGAGUAUUAACGUUAGUAUAGAUGCCAGUCAAAAGAACCAGGCAUAAGCAAAUGUGAAAACAUCGCAUGCUACCAUCUAAAUCUUUACAAACACAGAUAGUUUCUUGUAUUCCAUACCUUUUUCUAAAUUUUUAAGAACAUUGUCAAGUGAAUAUUGAAUAGAGAUUGCUUGCAAGGUUACAACAAUUGAAUGAAAAAUGUGAAAUAAUGACUCCAUUAUUA